AUGACCUCUCCAUCUGAUCCCUUACUCCGCCAGCACAGUUCCAGAUACCACCACCAGGAACGGAGAUAUUCACCAGGAGAAGAAGACGAUGAACAAGAACAACCCCUCAUCGCGCGGUGGCGACGGGUCGCGCGGGACUUCUUAUCGUCGCGACGGGGCCAUUAUCUCGUCCUGUUACUCGUGUCCGUCGAUGUCGCUUGUAGCUUUGCCGAUUUUCUAAUCGAGAUACAUGUCUGUGAGUUAACGGAACGUGGUUCCCACAUAGCUGCCGGCUGGGGGGUCACCCAGGAGGUACUCGCCAUCGUCGGCUUGGUCUUUUCGUGCCUCUUCAUGCUGGAAUUGAUGGUGACGGUAUUAAGUUUUGGAACGGGCUACUUCUCCUCCAAGUUUCACAUCUUUGACGCGAUUGUAAUUGUGGUCGCUUUCGGUGUCGACGUUGCUCUCCAUGGCAUAGAGGAAGAACUGGGCUCUCUAAUCGUGGUACUUCGAUUAUGGCGCGUGUUCAAGAUCAUUGAGGAACUAGAGUCGGCCAAUGAAGGCACGCUGGAGGAGUAUGAGCACGAGAUCGAGAGACUACGCCAGGAGAAUACAUAUCUUCGUCAGAGACUCAACGUGUCUUUCGAUGAUGCUGACCCGAUGGAUUAG